AUGCCUAACCGUCAAUUUAACCCUCAUCACAAUCCCUCCCCAAUAACCGCGCCCCCUGUACUUCUCGAUAGUCCCACCACAUCAUACAUUGACGAACUACUUGCAACAACACCACUUCCUCCUCCUGGUCCAGCGUACUAUCUUGCGAGAAGGAAAUUGUGGCUGACCCCCCGAUCUCCGCGGGUUCCCUGUCUACCAGAUUAUUCUGCGUCGCGUCAAAGACUCCAAGCAGUCCUUAGCGAACCAAACGUCGUCCACGACGAUGAUGCCUGGCGGAGCGGCAUCGAGAAAGUUUGGAAUGGGCUGUCUGGCGGCGGAAAGCUCAAGCACAGACUUCCCAUGAGUCUCAUUAUCAAAAUUGUGCAUGCGGCGUGGCUUCGUGACGAAACGUGGCCAGCGGGAUAUGAAGCCCCAGAGCCUGAUGAUGAGUUGGCCGACGAUGUCAACAUUGAUUCUAUUCUACCUUCGAGCUCUGCUCAGGUGUAUACCCCGACAUCCCACACCGAUUAUUCGUCUGAACCAGCACCCAUACUUAAGGAUGCCAACGACAGCGUGGAGAUGCGUCCAUUUUAGCCGUUGCUGGAA